AUGACGAUAAAAGUUGUUUGUGACCGUUGUCCGGCAUAUUCAGCAGCGCCAAGCAAUUUAUCUGCCAUGUUUAACCAGAAAUGGGUUCCACCGCCUCCGCCGGCUCCGCCGGCUCCUCCUAUUGCGUUGCCACCGACAAUGUUUUAUGUUUAUAGGACUUCUCGGCAGCAGCAGAAGAAACGUCGACUAGAGACGCCGGCUACUCAAGUCAAGUGUAUAUGUAAAUGUACUCCAUCAGAGAGCCUGCGGGCGGAUCCUGUAAUUCACUGUUCGCGGUGCAAUACGGCGUACCACGUCCGCUGCAUGGGUUCUCCACCGCUGGGCUUUUCGUUUAUAUGCCCGCGGUGUCGACUGGAGUUGCUGGAUCCGUUCUACCCGGUGGUGAAGGUAUUACAUUUGUUGCCACUGUUUGAUGACUCUGAAGAGAGCAAGCGAGUGAUGCCGCUACAAUCGCCAAACAUCCAUGAGCUGAGGCGGAAAGGUUGCGAAGUAUUCAUUAUUUGUUUUCGGCUGAAUCAUUGGGACAACAUGUUGGUGCAUGAGUGGCCGUUGACAUUGGUUGCGACAGUGAACAAUAACGUAGAGAAGAUCAAGGAGCCGGAGUAUGAGCAUAAGCGUCGCGAUUUGCCGAUGAAGAUAACGCCGUAUCUCUUUGGAGAGACUCCGAAUGAGAUCAAGGUGGUAGCGCACAACUUUGCCAAAAGCGACCCGUGGGCGAUCGCAGUUGUUCUCUCUCGGCAGGAAACGGUGGAGCAAAUUUUGUCGAACGUGUUGGCACAGAAUCGACUGCCAUUUGACGAGUCGAGAAAGCUCAUGCUGGCAUACAUCGACAAGUUCUUCGGCAAAGGUGGCACCGCCGACGACGAGAUUGACAUCGUAGACACUUCCUGUAAAGUGCGGCUUACCGAUCCCAUUACGCGAACACGAAUUGACACACCCGUCCGAGGCCGAGAGUGCAAACACCUGCAGUGCUUCGAUCUCAAAGCCUUUCUCACCGUUACCAAGAACAGUAAGGCCUUCGCCAAUCGCUGGCGCUGCGUCGAAUGCAACCGAUGGACACGACCCAACGAACUUGUGGUAGACUCCUUCGUUCAAUUCCUACUCCAAUCCACCUCCGACGACACUGAAGCCGUCAUCUUCAAUGAACAAGGCGACUGGGAAGAACUCAAAAUCGGCUACGAACCGGGAUCCGUUUGCGAUGAUGAAGACCUGCACGACACUCACACCAAAGUCGAGCCACAUACAAUUGACCUGGUCGAUCUCGACGACGACGACCUCUCUCCCAUGCCUUCACCCGUCACCGAACCUUCUGCAGACAACGCCAUCCCGACAGGCGCUGUCUCCGCCCCCAGAGGGGCAACCUCUGGAGGGGCAACCUCUGGAGAUGCAGCCGAAGAGGCGCCGGUCGCAAGAGAACAAUCUCACGCCGUGCUGGACAUCCGCUCUAGUUCCGGCGCCAGCAGCUCCAACGCCAUCAGUAGCCCCGUCAGUAGCCCCGUCAUAGACUCACCCGCAGACCUAGUCGUAGACCCGGCUCUAGGCUCGGUGGUUGUAGAGGAGAAGACCGCUCAAAAAUGGGAGCGUAUCGAGCCGGAAACAGGCGAGCAGGAGGGAGCAGGUGACACGGAUGGAAUAGGAGAGGAAGGCAGAUUAGUGGAGAGGGCAGUGGAGCUGGAGAGGGCAGUGAAUGAGCCAAACCCGCCGCCGACAGAAGCCGCACCUGCUGCUUUUCUGGAGGAAAUGCGCGGCACGCGCGAACCUAGCACAGGCGGCGAGCAAGUACUUUCACUUGACGAGCCUGCACCUUCCGAUUCCAGAACGCAGACUGUUACAGCGCCCGAACAAGACGUCGUAGCAGGACAGGGUCUUGAGGAAGGACAGCAACCGCAAAGCCGACAGACUGCCGAAACCCGCACCGAGCAAAGUGGUGGACCAGGACCUGCGCUGUCUGAGCAAACCCAAGUGGAGACGAUGCAGCAAUGGUCGCCGUCUCCGGCCAAGGAACGGGUGCAACAGCCAACAGCACCAACGAGUGCCUCUCAAGUGAAUGCAUCUCCCACUAAUGCAUCUCCCACUAAUGCAUCACCCACUAAUGCAUCACCCACUAAUGCGUCUUCCGUCAGUGCUCCAUGCCGCUCGCCCGAUGCGGCUUGGAGCAUUGGUUCGCCGGUGAGCAGUUCACCUGCUGUAGCGCCGAAUGUGUCCCGAUUUUCACCGGGAGAGAUGUCUGCCUGCUCCGAUAUUCCGAGUCCCCAAAAUCUUGUAUCGUCCAUCGCUCACGAGAGUCGGUGGUCAGCCGACGCAGAAACCUUCGGAAACAACUCGUCACAGCAACCUUCUGGAUGGAGUGGAAUGACCGGUCAAAAUAGCGGAACCAACGAAGAAAGCAACCAAGGAAAUAAUGGAGUGAGCAACUGGGGACUGGCGACCCACGGACCUCAAAUGAUGUCGCUAAUAAAUGAUUCCGGUGUCCAACAACCUGGUGUCCAACAACCUGGUGUCCAACAACCUGGUGUCCAACAACCCGGUAUCCAACAACAGGGCGGAGUGUUUCAGAGCUCUGGUGGUCUGGCGGCUUCCGCUUCCGUGAUCCACGGCCAAGUGAAUUACGGCGGUCAAGUGAAUUACGGCGGCCCGACAGACCAUGGGCAGGUCAGUCAUUAUUGUCAGGCCCAACCGGCCGGCCGGCCUGUCUCCUCCUCGACUGGUUACCAGUCGCUGGUCUUUCAACCGCCCCCUCCGCCACCCGUGAAUGGACGGGGCCAGGGGCGAACCAAGGGCAAGCUAGGUCGACCGGGGUCAUCGAACAUGUACCCCGGCAAGGCACAGGGUCAAGUGCAAGGUCCAGUGCAGGAAUAUCACCACUCGGCAGCCGAUGGUAGCUACCGUGUGGACUAUACUACCUCGCAGCGCCCGCAAACUGAAAGCAGCGAGCGGUCUUAUCCGGACGCGAUAUAUCACCCAGAAGGCUCCUACCCCACAGACCCCGGAGGACAAGGCUAUUCGGUUCAGCACCGACCAACCGUUUCUCAGCCACUGGCUUCUCAGUCGCUGGCUUCUCAGAAGCCUGUGCGGAUGACACCGGGGUCCUACCCACCGUACCAGUCGUCAUCACACCAGUCGGGAUUCUACCACCAAGGGUCGUAUCCGGCGGGGUCUUACCGAGCAGGGUCCUAUCCAACCGGGUCUUACCCGUCAGGGUCCUACCCUGCCGGGUCCUACCCUGCCGGGUCCUACCAAGCUGGGCCCCCCUACCAGCCAGUCUCGUACUCCACCUCCUCUGGUCGACAGCCGGAAGCACCACGACUCGCGGAGAGCAGGCAACACGCGCCGUACUAUACUUCUCACGGCGAGGAACAGAGCAUCGACUUAGAGGACGAGGCAGCGGGUGUGGUCGAUAUGGCAUUUGGUCCGGUAGCAGGAGAACGGCGACGUUUUUUGGGUCCUCCAUGA